UUGUCUACUGUCUGCGUACAUACAGAUUUCAAAGGUGAAUGUCUUGCUGGAAUUCAUCGAUCGGAAGCUAAUAGGAGAAUUUCUUCAAACCCGGCCAUGCAGGAGGGACAGCGUUGAGAGCAUUGUUGAUGCUCUUGUACUCGAAUCUCCACCAUAUUAUUAGAAGGCUUUGUUUGGAAAGAGGGUAACAGGACAUUAAAAUUUUCAAACAAAAGGAAAAAGAUUAUAAGAAGUGAGGGGGAAAUUGAAAGUUCAAAAUAUGGAUAUCCAGUUACUUAGACAUACUCAAUAUUCCUAGUUGCAGUCACUAUUAGAAAUCAUCUUGUUUUCAAUUGACAUGCUUUUGUCUGUAUUUAUUGUUUUGACAUAGUUUUUGUGGAGAAGAUACUUCGAAUUCAACCAAAUGUGAAGAAAAUAUUCCUCCUUAUUAGAGCUACGGAUAAACAGUCAGCCGCACAUCGGUUACAUCAAGAGCUCAUAGAGAAGAAGUUAUUCGCUGUUUUGAAGCAAAGAUGGGCACCAAACUUAAGCUCCAUUCUCAAGAAGUUACAUGCAAUUCCGGGUGACGUUUCAAGUGAGAAUUUGGGAGUGAAUGACUCCAAUUUGAGGUCUGAGAUGUGGAGAGAAAUUGAUGUCAUCAUCCAUUCGGCUGCAACUGUCACAUUUGAUGAUCGGUACGACACUGCAUUGGCCAUCAAUACGUAUGGAGCUAAGCAUGUCGCAGAAUUUGCAACAAGAUGCGUAAAUAUAAAGAUGCUACUCCAUGUAUCAACUGCAUAUGUACGUGGUAAAAACAGCGAAGUUAUACCAGAAAAGGCAUUUAGCAUGGGUGAGACAAUAAGUGGAUGGAAAAAACUGGACAUCAAUGAAGAAAAGUUCUUGAGUGAAGAAUUAAUUGGUGAGCUUCGAAAAAGGAAUGCUUCAGAGGAAGAAAUCACCAUCGCUUUGAGGAAUUUGGGCUUGCACAGGGCGAGGCUGCAUGGUUGGCCAAACACGUACACUUUGACGAAAGCAAUGGGAGAAAUGAUGAUGAGGCAUCAUCUGAAUUCGAAUGUAUCGCUGGCUGUAGUAAGACCAACCUUCAUAACAAGCACUUAUAAGGAACCUUUUGCUGGUUGGUUCGAGGGUUUCCCUUUCAGAACCCUCGAUAGCGUCGCCAUCAAUUACGGUCGAGGAAAAAUAAACUCCUUCAUUGGUGAUCCGGACACUAUAUUGGACGUGAUACCGGCUGAUAUGGUGGUCAAUGCCAUGAUUGUGGCCAUGGCAGUGCAUGCAAAUCGACCUGCGUAUAGGAUUUAUCACGUGGGUUCCUCAAUGAGUAAUCCCCUGAAGUAUGCAGACUUUCAGAACUCCGUUCUCAAUUAUUUCACAGACAACCCUUUGGCAGAUGAGGAUGGAAAACCGGUCGAAGUUGGUAAGCUUAUACUUGUAGACAGCAUGGAAAGCUUUCAAAAGCACCUGACCCAAUAUUACACUCUCCGGUCAAAGGAACAAAAUGGUUUCCAAAGCUUGCAUGCUGAUCUGAAAAGGAAUAUCGACAACGCAAUGCGAGCGGCAGAAAUCUGUAGACCUUACGCAUUUUUCAAGGGCAUCUUCGACGACACAAAUACAAAAUCCUUGAGAGCCACGGCCGUAGAGAAUGGAGUAGACUUGGAAAGUGCCUUCCGCUUUGAUCCAAGGUAUAUCAAUUGGGAGGACUACUUCCAAAGAAUUCAUUUGCCAGGAAUCGGCGGUGCCUUCAAGCUUAAGCGAGCAAGGCUCUAAAAUAUAGUAGCUUGGAUAUGCAACAGUUGAUUUUAUUGAAAUAUGAUAAUCUAGUGCACUGUAAUUAUGUGGAAAUGGAACACAACAACGCAACAUGUAUGCGUUAGUAGUUUUCCUUUCAUGUCAGAUACCAAUGGCAUCAAUAAUUGGAAGCUCAUUCUUAGUAA